UAACAAAAGCGUACCUUAGUUAGCUUAAGUUACUAAGUUAGAUAUAAAGUAUAAAGAAGUGAAGGCCGACAACUGUAAAAGAUAAAAUUCAAAAUCUUGUACUAGUUGGAACUGGACAUGGUAACUGCUUGAGGGAUAUUUGAACAAGGCAUCAUGUUCACUGUGAAAAGAUCUGGGAGACAAGUGAAACCCAAUGUUAAAUACGCCAGUGAAGAUUCAAAAUCAUCCGAAGGUCCCAAGAAAAAAUGUGAGCGUUCAGGUUGCCCAGCAGUUCAUCCCAUUUGUUUUGCUGGAGCAAGUGAAAGAUGUUCAGGGGCUAACUGGACUUCAAGAUGGGGCCACAUAACCUUAGGAGAACAUUACUGCAAUGAAUGUUUUGAAUAUUACUACAGAAGCACCAAAGGUGGGUACGAGGUGUACGAGAAGUGGAAGAGACACUGGUCAUCUAAAGCGAGGACCGAGGCAGCCGUUGCUAAUUUUAUGGUGGACCAGAUCAUGCCCUACUGGGUCCAGUGUCAGGCCGAGGGCUGUGGCAAGUGGAGGCAACUCUCAAGAGAUUCCGAUUUAACGCCAGAGUUCAUCGACAGUUUUCAAUGUGGCAUGACAACCACACAGAACUCAACAUCCAAGAAAAUGAAACAAAGCGCCUGCAGUGUCCCAGAGGAUGAGAGGGUCCAUUAUGUACAUAGUCCACUGUGGUUGAUACAGAACAGAUGCACAUCUUUCUUGAAAAAAUCCCCUGCGGCGCCAUUUCUAAUCAACUACUACGCUGAUGGUGUGGGCUUGAGUCCGACUGAAGAGGUGGCAGAGUUCACCAAAGAACAGAAAAAAAAUCUUUGCCCAUAUGUUGUCCCCUUCCCCAAGGGAGAGCACCACAUGCAUGCCCUGGCCGUCACCCCUGACAUGAUGAUGGAGGCAGAGAUCGAUGCCUUCCCACUGAUGGCCCAGGAAUGUCCUUACAACUAUCUGGCCAUCAGAAACCUUAUCCUGGCCAUUUGGGCGUUCAAUCCCAAGGAGUGGGUGACCAAAGAAAAAUGUAUGCGCCAGAUAAUUUGCCGAGGCCUGACCAGGGUCAGCUGUAUAGAGUUUUUGCCACAGAUUUUAGCCUUCCUCACGUACCAUAAUUUUAUAAACCAAGGACUAGUUACUCCUCCUGCAUCUGUCUUGUCCUAUUUAAAUAUUCCAGGUUCCGUAAUUGUUGUAGGGGCUGGCAUUAGUGGUCUGGCUGCUGCCUACCUGUUAAAGUCUCAUGGCUGCAAGGUGACUGUAGUAGAGUCUAAGUCUAGGUUGGGUGGUCGUAUACAUGAUGUUGAGAUGAACGGCUCACACGUCAUCACCAGUGGUAAUGUGAUGAACGGCUCACACAUCAUCACCAGUGGUAAUGUGAUGAACGGCUGCAUCAACAACCCCAUAGCCAUCAUGGCGUAUCAGUUAGGUAUUGAAUUGAAAGAACAGAGUGACAACUGUCAACUUAUCACUGCCACUGGACAAUGCCUUGAUGAAAAACUGGAUCGAAGGAUUGAAUUUCACUACAACGCUAUCUUGGAUAUUGUCUCGGAGUGGAGAAAGAACAAAGCCCCAUCCUCAGACAUCCCACUGAUUCAUAAAUUUAAAGAACUUCAUGGAGAAUUUGUGAAUGAAACUCAAGGUUUCUUUACUGAACUUGCACCAAACAAGGCCCCAUCCUACCACUAUUUUCAGAGAUUUUGGAGUGAAUUAAAGUUGUUACACCAAAAUUACUCCACUCUCUUCACUCAGGGUGUCUUCUCACAGGUGGAGGAGGCGGUCAUGGAGUUCCACCACAGCAGCCUGGAGUUCGCCUGCGGUGCCUGUCUGGAGCAGGUGUCCGCACUGCACUGGGACCAGAACGAGGCCCUGCCCCAGUUUGGGGGCCCCCAUGUGUUGUUUCCUAAUGGCUUCAGCCCUAUUGUCAACAAAUUAAGUCAAGGUUUGGAUGUACGGUUAAACUCACAGGUAACAGAAAUAGAUUACUCUGGCUCUGAUGUGCUUGUAAAAACAAACAACGAAUCUCUCUCAGCUGACAAGGUGAUAGUCACGCUGCCUUUAGCUGUUCUCAAGAAAGAGGCCGUGAACUUCAAGCCUGCCCUACCUGAACCCAAGCUCAGUGCAAUAAGGUCACUUGGUGCAGGAACUGUUGAAAAGGUGGUGCUACAUUUUGAUGUCAACUUUUGGUCGCAACAAGUUCAAGGUCAGGCUGUCUUUGGACAUCUACCUUGUGAGGGGUCACCCAGAGGACACUUCAGUGUCUUCUACUCCCAUGUCUGUUCAAAGACAGGUCAGCAUGUCUUGUCCAGCUACCUGUUCAGUCAAGGUUUGACACUGCUGGGAGAUAACUCUGAUGACAAGAUUGUCCAGGCUUGUCUGCAGGUGUUGACAGUUAUGUUUCCUGACCAGGAUAUCCCCACCCCCUUAUGGAGUCAUGUGACCCACUGGGGCAGGGACCCUGACAUUGGCAUGGCUUACAGCUAUAUCCCUGUGGGCUGUGAUGGUGAGGCUUAUGACUUGCUGGCAGAGACUGUGGAGGAGAAACUCUACUUCGCAGGGGAGGCCACAAACAGACAUUUUCCACAGACAGUCAGCGGUGCCCACCUCAGUGGCAUUAGAGAGGCCAGAAAAAUUUUAGACUCCUUCACAUAAACUUUUUGGUGGCAAGACCUCGACUAGGGCAGAGAUGCCAGACAAAUUCUAGACUCCUUCUCAUAAACUCUUUGGUGGCAAGACCUCAGAAGGGCCAGAAAAAUUCUAGACUCCUCAGUAACUCUUUGGUGUGAGUCUUGAGAUUGUUAUCAAACCACAAGGCAGCAAGACCAUAAUUUAUCUCACCUUUUUACGUUAUAGUGCUUCUAUACAAUGUGUCAUGUUUUAGGCUAUUUGUGUCACGCUAGGUCAGGGGGCGGGCAUAUGAAGACUGUUAAUGGAGUACAGGAAAUUUAGGGCUGGGCAAUGAAGACUUAAUGGAGUACAGGAAAUUUCAUGUGAAUACAUUAAAACGAUUGUGGCAGUUUAUGGAAAUGUUAAUCCCCAAAGAUUAUUUGAAAAAGUGAGUCAUUUGUAGCAUUUUUUUAAAAUAAUGAAUGCCCCAUUUUAUAAGUCCUAUAGUUAUUAUUAUACCUCAAACCAAUCUAGUGUAAGUUGAUUACCUAAAGGGGAAUGGGUAAAAAAUUUCAAGAAUGUAAAGCUACUAAGCCCUCUCCAGCCAAUAACAGCAUUCAGUCAAUUAACUAAAUAAUAUCACAUUGCACAGUUAACAUUUCAUUGAAAAAAUCGUGACAUUAUUUAUAGAAGUGAUCUCACUUUGUUUGCUCAAGAUGUUUUGAAGUCCUGCAGUUGAUUUAUGUUUUUUGUUGAGUAUUCAAGGCAUAGUUAAGAAAGAUUGUCAAUAAUAUGCUAACAAAUGUGUUAUGGAUGGUCAUUAUGAGUGCUGUAUAUAGGUUAACGCACCUAAGGUUAUCGUAUGUAUGAACUCACAUAGUGUGUUGUGUCAUUUGUGAGAUUUGCAUUAAGACAAAUAAUUCAUGUGUUUAUUUGCAUUGAUUGUAUGAGUGCAAAUUAUACAAAUAAUUCCUAUGUAUAUAGAUUGUAUGAGGCUUACCAUACAAUCAUUAUUUGAUGUAUUGUUAUUCAAUGGUGAUACCACUACGUUUGUAGUUGAAGAUAUUUUUCUACUGUUAUGAUGUAAGAUUCUUAUAAAAUUAUUAAUGUACUAUUAAUUAACCUUUUGUUCUGAAGGAAAUAUAACCAACCAUAAUGGUAUUAUAUCAGUCAUUGCACUUUCCUCAAACUAAUUUUUUAUGAUGUCAUGUGGGUACAUUUGAAGCAACUCAGCAAAUUGUGUGUCUGUCAUGUGGGUACAUUUGAAGCAACUCAGCAAAUUGUGUGUCUGUCAUGUGGGUACA